AUGUCCAAUACUGAUCCUGAAGCAAAUGCUGAAGCAAUUCCUCCGCAAAAUGCAUCAGAGAAGCUAAUUAGCAAGCCACCUCCACCAUUUCCUCAGCGAUUUCAAAAGCAGCAGCAAGAUAGCCUAUUUCAAAGAUUUUUGGAUGUUUUGAAGCAACUCCACAUCAACAUACCUCUAGUGGAAGCUUUGGAACAUAUGCAUAAUUAUGUGAUGUUCUUAAAGGAUAUUUUGACAAAGAAAAGGAGGCUUGGCAAAUUUGAAACGGUUGCUUUAACUGAAGGUUGUAGUGCUAUUUUGAAGAAUAAAAUUCCUCCAAAGUUGAAGGAUCCAUGCAAGGGAAAGAUUGAAGACGUCUUAGUACAACUUGACAAGUUCAUUUUUCCGGUAGAUUUUAUUAUUCUUGACUAUGAGGAAGAUAGGGAUGUACUGAUCAUCUUGGGGAGACCAUUUCUUGCCACCGGGAGGACGUUGAUAGAUGUUGAAAAAGGAGAGCUCACCAUUCGAGCUCAAGAUGAACAAGUCACAUUCAAGGAUUUUAAUCCUAUACGAUCUCUUAAUGAAGUUGAAGCUUGCUUGGCCAUAAGUGCUUCUUACUUCAAGUUGAUUGAAAUGAUGCAUGAAAAGCAUAGCAAGGGAGUGAAGAAAAAGGUCCCUUUUGAAGAAAUUGAGAAAGGUAGUGAGCCAUGGAUAAGUAAGGAAGAAGAACCAUCUCAUCUUCCAAAGCUACCAAAGAAAAAGAAGAAGAAAAAGAAACAUAGUAGAAAGCCAUAA